AUGGUGAUCGCGUACGUUAGGCGCCCCCGCGAUGAGUCAGCUCGCCGGCGGGUGGAGGGGGGAAGGGGCGUGGAGGAAGAGGAGGCGGACUGUCCGACUGGUGUUCCAGUCGGUGUAUGGCCUCGUCGGCGCGAGGUGCUGGUCUGUCCUCUGCCCCCCUCUCCCCGCAGCGUGGCGCCCCACGUGAUGUUGGGGGACGCCCCCUCGGGCGGCCGAGACCGCCAUCUCUACCACGACCACGACCACCAGGGCGAUGAGGGCGUUGCGGGGCGGGGCCGCUACCAGACACAAGUGUUCCAGCAGUCCGUCACGCUGACGGCGAAGAUGUGGCCCGAGGAGGGCGUGACGGCACCGCCGGCGUCCCCGGGCGGCUGGAAGUGGGGCAGCUGGCGCAUCCCCAGCGACCACCUGCCCCUGCUGGUGGGCACCGUGUGCGGCGGCGCCGUCAUCCUGCUGGCGCUGCUCGCCGCCAUCGUGUGGCGCUGCUGCGUCGUGCCGCGCCGCGACAAGGCCUACUGUGCCAGGAUUGACAAGGAAAUGCUAGCGAGACAGCGAGUUGGCAUUCCACCAUUGCCUAGCCACUCGGCGGUGUUCGCCGCCCCGAAGAGCGGCCAGUGGGCCUACAGCAGCCGGCUGGUCCCGGUGAGGGCGCCGCCCCCGCAGCCGGCCCCGCACUGGUUCUACAACAGCCGGGUGCUCAGCCCCGCCACGCUGGAGCGCAUCGACCCGGGCCCCAUCACGCGCUCCGUCAGCUGCGUGUCUGCGCAGCAGCAGUUCCGCCGCGGCGAGGCGGCGGCGAACCAGCCGAAACUGUGCGACAAGAAGCGGCCUCUAAGCCAACCCAUAAGAUUCGGACCAUGCGACCUGGCAGCCUCAGUUGAGCACCGACAGGCCCCCUUGCCGCAGAUCUCGGAGUUCAUGGCUCCCAACGCUCAGUAUGCUUCAAGCAGCAUUCUGGACGAAGUGGGGUCGCAGGGGGGCGAACCUCCCCCUGGCGCGGCAGUGCUCAAGACGCGAAGCCUGCCUUCCUGGGUCAGGUCGAAGUCUCGGCCUCUGUCUACUGAAGACGACCUGGCUGAACUUUACGCCAAGGUGAAUUUCAGCAAGAAACGAAAAAAUCGAAUGAGGAACGAUGAAGCGGCCAUCAUAGCCCUGAGCAAGUCGCGAAGCCAGUACCUGCACAAGGACACAGACUCGUUGGUGGACAACGAGGCAGUGAUAGUGUACGAUGAAAGAACAGCUCUGUGAACGAGUAGUGCUGGUUGGAUUGUGAUAUUCUGUUACAGGAACCUGUUCCACUGCAGGGGCAAAAGAAAUUCAAAACUGUAAAUACAGUUGCAGAGACAAGCCUGAAGGCACAGUAACUUUUAAAUUAAAAUGUGGUACUCUAUAACAUUUGCCAGGCAAAUUUCAUACAUAGCUAAGUUUUACGUAUGUUUGAAGAUGGUCUUUACAAAAAAACCUGCAAUUUAUAAUAAAUCAAUGCUAAAAAUUGCAUGAUUCCUUAAAACUUCAUAUAAAAGUAUUGAUUAUUCUGUUGUCUAAGAAUUUAAACUGCAGCAGAUAUCAUGUUAUGUUGCUUUAUUUUCGGUUCUGAAACAUUUCUUUUAUUUGCAAUGAUAUGAAUUCUCAUAUUUUCAGAUUGUUGUGUUAUAUAUUUCUUGUAUUCAGUUGUGUUUUGCUGUUAUGUUUGACAAUUGACAAUAGCUAUGUACUUAAAGUAGUGCUGUUUAGAUGUAAAACGAUACACACAAAGUUACUAAGGCUGAAGAGUGCCAAGAUAGCAGUUGGGGUGAUAUCGGAAUGUACUCCUGCUGUGCACACAUUUACAUGAAUGCAGUUUCAGACUUGAAAAUGUACAGCAGUGACUACAGUACUUGUCACUGUUGCAUCGACGACAAUAACCUUGUCAUAUAUCAUACUAUAUCAGGACAUAUCUAGCAUGAACAUGCUGGCUGUGCUUCAUCCUAUUUUCUGGCAUUCUUUACUCACUUGUAAAGGAAUGUGUCUAUGACUCUGGGCUUCUCCGCAUGCACAAUAUCGUUACUCCUGGCUGUACGGCACAAGUUACCAAUAUUAUUAAUUAAUUAUCUAUUUGUGUUGAAGUGAAAGUGUAUGCAGCAUUUAAUAUUCGUUGUAGUUAUAGUGUUGUUUUGUGCCUUAAUUUGUGUUUAUUUAUCUAGAACAGUGGUUCGAUAUUCCAUUUACAUAUAUGUAUGUACAAAAUAAAAGAAAAACCUAAACUUGAAAAAAGGAGUGAGUGUUAUCAGAAAUUAUGUAUGCCAGCAAGCAGGAAGUUAUAAAAAUUAGAUGCCAUCACCAUGAAUGCUUAAAUGAGAACCACUGAUAUAGAUAAGAGUUUUGUAUCUAAAGUUAAUCUAUUUAUUGCACACUUUUUACUGUUAAACUGGCUGGCAAGAUGUAGUAUUGUAUCUGUCGCACGAUUAAGGUUUGUUUUUUUGUUCAGUUAUUGGUAGCUUCCAAAUUGUUGUCAAAUGACAGAUUAAGAUCAUUCACCUGCUUUUGUUUUUAUGUUUAUUGUUUUCUUUUUAAGUUUGAUGGUGAACACAGUUAAUAAAAAAACUAUGGGUUGUGCAGUUUCAUUUUACUUAAAUACAUGACAGCAACCAAAAAAAUAGAGGGAAUGCAACUGCCUAAAGGUAUUCGUAUUACUGAUGAAAGAAGUGUCUAAGUGGGAUGAAAAAUUUGUAAUGACAUUAAAAAGGGAUGCAUUGCAUUUUUAGUUACAUGAAAUACUUUACCAUUUGCAACUGCAUUUAACCGAGGAUGGGGGGGGGGGGGGGGGGGGGGGGGGCGCAUUUCUUCACAUACAACUUUUGAAAAUAUCAGUAGGUAAUGAGUUAAAUUGCAGUAUUCAAGCUUUUUUUGCUACGUGUACAUUUUUAUUUUUUUACUUUCUUUCCUUUUUAGGUGAAUGAAGCUGCACAAGGCAUUUUUUACAUGUACAGGCAAUAAUAGAGCUUACUGGGUCAUACCCAUUCUUUCGUGAUAGCCGUUCUUAGUUACCAAAUUUGAAAUGGUAUGUACGAAUGUGCCUAAGGGAGUAACCCAUAUAAGCACAACAAUUCCACAUCUCUUUGCAAGAGAGAUUCUUUGUGGCAAAAAUAAGUGCACUUUUGUGUGUCACAGUUUUUUUUACAAAAUGAAUCUUUUUACUAAACAUAGCUUCCAGUGUUUCUAGUCAUUAAAUUAAUAUUCUGUACAUAUAUACAAGUUUGUAAAGUAUACUCAUGUUUUUGGAAGCAUUUUGUAUAGAAUGCUUGUUUAACAUUCAAUAACUAGCUAGACAAUUUGUUAGUUGAAAUGUAUUAAAACAUUGGAAUCUCAAGUAAUUUUUUUUUUAAACUCUGAACCCUUUUUCCUAUCCACAGGCUUCUUUUAUAAAAUAAAUGGUUGUAUGUACACCUUACAAAAACAUCUUUGUUUGUAUUGCAAUACACCUUUUAGAGUUUUUACAUGUUAAGAUUCUAUAACAAUGUGAAAAUCAUAUGCACUCGCUCUCGUGAUUUAUUUAUAAAAAUAGCUAGUAAGUAUCUUUAGCUAGAUUGAAUUACAGUACAUACACCAGUUGAAAAAAUUCAAUUCUCCGAGGUAAAGUUGUCGUGAGGGAGGGGGGGGGGGGAGGGCUUUCGAAUCGGCAUACGUUUAUACCUUGGGCGCCACCACGUGGAUGGGCACGUGGACCAGGCUACCGACUCUGUCCCAGGGCCGUGACGUGACCCGUGUGGAGCUAGGCUCGACUUCCCCCUGCUAGCACUCACCGGCCCGCUCUCAGCGGCGGGCACGCUAUGUUACUGCUGGUGGGGUCUUGAGGCACCCCACACACCUCCGUAUCUGUGUUGGGAAACUCCUAGUCGAGAAUUGAGUGCAACGAGUAUGGUGAAUAAAGAGCUUU